ACCCCCAUCCUCCCCCCAGGAAUUUAAGUGCCAUCAUCCCCCAGUGACCGCACACAUCUCCCGGGGGAACGCGGUAGCAUGAGGUCCGUGGCUGCCCUCCUCCUCGUGGGGAUGCUCAUCGCCUGGAUGGAGCUGCCAGCAGGCACCGCCUGGUCCUGCCCGCACGUCCACAUCACCUGCGCCAGGCCCAACCCGCCGAACGCCUGUGACAGCAGCCGGCAGUGCCCCCGCCACCAGAAGUGCUGCCAGGGCCCCUGCGGGACGAGAUGCCUCUCGCGCCCGCCCGACGUCCCCGCGUCCCACGCAUGAGGUCCCGGCACAGACCGAGGGGCUUCUCCGCAUCCCCAUGCCACCUCUGGUGACAGCCAUCCGCUCGCACCCCGGGAAGGACUGUCCUGCUGGGGAUGGGGACAGCUCCUUGGCCAUGCUCUGAGACCUCCCUGGCUGCAGGACUGGCUGCCACAUGAUGCUACCUGCAGUCUGCUCACCCUCUCCCUUCCCUUCCCCACUGCUGUUACAAAUAAAGGAGCUUGUCCCAGGAGAGCUCGUGGUGUGCGUCUCCCCCUCCUGCCCCUCUUCAGGCCCACCCUGGUGCACGUUCCC